AUGCCUUCCCUUUCUUCUUAUAUCCUUGCUUCGGCGGGAGCUUCACUGGUGAAUGCACAGUUUGGAAAUUUUGGCUCUCCUUAUCCGAAUACCACAUACCCUGGAUUUGAAUCAGAAAAUCCAUACACUAUUGAGGGCUCAAACAGCUUCCAAUGGAGCCCUCCCAAGUACCCCAGCCCUUGGGGUGAGGGCUCUGGUGACUGGAAGGAGUCCUACGCAAAGGCUCGCGCCCUUGUUUCGCAAUUGACGCUUGAAGAGAAGGUCAACCUCACAAGUGGUGUAGGAACUAACCAAGGCAACUGCGUCGGCCAGACAGGAUCUGUCCCUCGUCAUAACAUCAACGGGCUGUGCCUUCAGGAUUCGCCAGUAGGAGUCCGACUUACGGAUGGCAACAGCGUCUUCCCAGCUGGUGUAAACGUUGCUGCUACCUGGAGCCGUGGUCUUGCCUAUGCUCGCGGUCGUGGUAUGGGUCAAGAACACUAUGGCAAGGGUGUUGACAUGCAACUCGGCCCGGUUGCUGGCCCUCUUGGCCGCGCACCUGCUGGUGGCAGAAAUUGGGAGGGUUUCUCUCCUGACCCUUACCUCACCGGUCUCAUGUUCGCCGAGUCGAUCAAGGGUAUUCAAAGUGCCGGUGUCAUGACCAGUGCUAAGCACUUCAUUGCUUAUGAGCAAGAGCACUUCCGUCAAUCCCAGGAGGCCAAGAACUGGGGCUUCAACGUCACUGAGAGUAUUACUGCCAACUUGGAUGAUGUUACUUUGCACGAGUUGUACCUCUGGCCUUUCGCCGAUGGUAUCAGAGCAGGCGCCACCUCUAUCAUGUGCUCCUACAACCAGGUCAACAGCUCUCAGUCUUGCCAAAACAGCUACAUCCUCAACCACAUCUUGAAGAAUGAGCUCGGUUUCCAAGGCUUCGUCGUUUCUGACUGGUAUGGCACACACUCCGGUGUUUCUAGCAUCCUUGCUGGUCUUGAUAUGAGCAUGCCUGGCGAUCCUGUGCAAGAGUUCGGCAACCACGGAGGUGCCUUGUUCGGUUCUAACAUGACUAUUGCUGUUAUCAACGGAACUGUUCCUCAAUGGAGAUUGGACGAUGCUGCCGUCCGUAUUCUCGCCGCAUGGUAUUACGUCGGUCGUGACAAGAACCAGGUUCCUGUCAACUUCAACUCUUACUCUCUUGACACCUACGGCUAUUCGCACAACGCCGUUGGUCAGGGCUACGGUCUGAUCAACCAGCACGUCGACGUCCGUAUGAACCACAGCCAGCUCAUUCGUGAGAUUGGCUCUGCCUCUACUGUCCUGCUCAAGAACGUCAACAACGCUCUGCCUCUUACUGGCAAGGAAUUCACCGUCGUCCUUGGUGAAGAUGCUUUCGAAGAUCCCAACGGUCCCAACGGAUUCACCGAUCGCGCUGGUGAUGAGGGUACUCUCGGCAUGGCCUGGGGCUCUGGAUCUGCUAACUUUCCCUACUUGGUGACUCCCAAUACUGCUAUCCAAAAUGAGGUUGUUGGCAAGAACGAUGGUCUCUACCAAUCUAUGAGAAACAACUCCAACCUCGACCAGGCCUACUCUUUGGCUAAGCAGGCUACCGACAAUGCUGGAGCUCUCAUUAUCUUCGCGAACUCAGACAGCGGUGAAGGCUAUCUUGAGGUUGAUAACAACUUCGGUGACCGCAACAACCUCACUUUCUGGCAGGGGGCUGACCAGCUCAUCGCCAACGUCUCGGCUACUUGCAACAAUACCAUUCUUGUUAUCCACUCUGUUGGCCCCGUUCUGAUUGAGGAAUACGCCAACAACCCAAACAUCACUGCCAUUCUCUGGGCUGGUGUUCCCGGAGAGCAGUCUGGUAACUCUAUCGCUGAUGUCCUCUAUGGUCGUGUCAACCCCGGUGCCAAGCUCCCCUUCUCCAUGGCUGCCAAGCGCUCUGACUACGGUACUGAUGUUCUGUACACUCCCAACAACCUUGUUCCUCAAGCCAACUUCAAGGAGGGUAUCUUCAUUGAUUACAGAGCCCUCGACAAGCAGGAGAUUGAGCCUGUCUACGAGUUCGGUUUCGGUCUUUCUUACACCAACUUCACAUACAGCAACAUCCAGGUCACUAAGCUCAACACCAGCGCUUAUGCUCCUACCACCGGCAUGACUCCUGCUGCUCAGACCUACGGUAACAUCAGUAUGAACCCUGCCGAUCACGUCUUCCCUAGCAACUUCUCUCGUGUUCCUCUGUACCUCUACCCCUGGAUCAACUCGACCAACCUUUCCUCCGCUGCUGGCGAGUCUCAGUACGCUCCCUACGGAGACAACAGCUUCGUUCCUGAGGGCGCUGUCAACUCCUCUCCUCAGCCUCGUCUUCCUGCUUCUGGUCCUUCCGGUGGUAACCCCGCCCUCUGGGAUGUCAUCUACCGCGUCACAGCCCAAAUCAAGAACGUCGGCAAGGUCGGUGGUGACGAAGUUCCUCAACUCUACGUUUCUCUCGGUGGUCCAUACGAUGCCGUCAAGAUGCUCAGAGGCUUUGAGAGAUUGAGCAUCCAGCCCAACCAGACUGUCACCUUCUCCGCUGAUAUUAUGAGAAGAGAUAUCAUGAACUGGAGCCCUGAGGCCCAGGAUUGGUUCGUCAGCAACUACACCAAGACCGUGUAUGUUGGCAGCAGUUCGAGAAACCUUCCUCUUACUGCUAAGCUUGCUUAA